ACGUACAUACAUACAUACAUACAUACAUACAUACACACGCAUACAGACACAUGUACACACACAGACACAUGUACAUACAUGCAGACACAUGUACAAUUGUACACGUAUGUACGUACACACACACACCACCCCCUCCAUAAAAAGUUGCAGUACUUCGUUGUUCACUCACAGAGCUGGGUACUGCACUCUAGGGGGAGGCAGAGAGCACAGCACACACCCCUUGCUUUGCUUUCACUGCGCUCAGCUAUUGAGCACUCUGACGGCUCUUAGUGCCAAUGACAGAUCCGGCCCGAGCUCAGAGCCUGCUCAGCAAGACAGCCCUGGAGGACACACUCGCCCCCACCAUAAUUUCCACUCGCCAUUGGCGAGCAGAAAUUUCAAGCCCUGAUCUA